AUUCAGAUGAUGGGUGACAUUCCUUCAUCCACAGACUGAGUACAAGGUCUGUAGCAGUCUCCCAUAGAACUCUCAGGACCCUGUGAUAUUACUCAAGGAUUUUUUUUAUAACAAAAUGUACACAUUCUAUUGUACUACACUGAAUGGGUCACUGGAAUUCUUUCAGGAAUAUUACUGUGUGCUUUAAAUCUUCAUAAAUAUAUGAGCACUACGUUCCUACAUGGAAAUUAAUGUGUUGCAGUAAGGAAGAUGCAGUGAUGAGAUCAAUCAGGAGACAUUUCUAAUCACAGCUUGGGUAUGAGAAAGCAACAUGGCUGCUGUGGUGUACGUAGGGUCCAUUUCUAGUAUCCGAGCUUUAUGGGAAGGCCGAAUCCAACAACACCAAGAAGACCUGAAAGCCCAGAAAGAUCGCAGAGGAAAGAAGGGCGUGGGAGAAAUCUCUAAUGUAUGGGAGAGCCGUAUCCAAUUAUCAAGACUGAAGGAGAAGAUCUGCAAUGAAGAUGGAAGGCUGAUUCUCAGGAUUGAAAAGGAGGAAUGGAAGACACUGCCGGCUUGCCUGGUAAAAUUGUCGCAGCUUCAGGAGUGGCAGCUCCACCGCACAGGACUGACCGCCAUACCCGCAUUCAUAGCAAACUUUAGCAACCUUUUGGUCUUGGACUUAUCUCGAAAUGCUAUUGCUACAAUUCCUCGAGAGAUUGGCAGACUGACUAAGCUCCGGGAACUUCUACUCAGCUACAACCGCAUUUCUGAGGUCCCUGCAGAACUGGGUGACUGUGAGAGUUUAGAAAGGCUGGAACUUGCAGUAAACAAAGACAUUUCUCAUCUACCAGACCAGCUGUGUAAACUGAAACAGCUUACCAAUCUGGACCUAAGCAUGAAUCAAUUCUCAUCAAUCCCAAGGGCUGUUUUGGAUCUCCCAGCACUGGAAUGGUUGGACAUGGGCAGCAACAGAAUAAGUGAAAUACCCAAAGAGAUAGACAAGAUGCAGACAUUACACACUUUGUGGCUUCAACGCAAUGAAAUCUCUGAGCUUCCAGAUUCCAUCAGCUGCCUGAAAAACCUCAGUACUUUGGUCCUCACCAAUAAUCUUAUGAAGCAGAUCCCACUUUGUCUGCAGAGCUUGCACAACCUUCGGUUUGUAAAUUUCAGGGAUAACCCAUUAGCGCUUCAGGUCACUCUACCAACCAGUGAUGAAGAAGAGGAGGAUGAGAGAGAACUGUUUGGCCUACAGUUCAUGCAUGCAUAUAUCCAGGAGAUCUUAAAAUGCAACAACUCAGACACUACAAUGGAUUUUCAAUAAAGACUUCAAAGCUGGAUUAGUAGCAGCAACUUUGAUUGUGUAAAUGCUCAGGAUCCUGGAAUUCCUCAAAGGGCUUUCAUCCACUUAGCAGAAAGAAACUUUUCAUUGCUAAGAGAAGAGAUAAAAUUUGACUUUUUUUUUUCUACAUCCUGGAUGAUGUGCUGGCAAUAAGAAUGUAAAAAAAUUGUGAAAAGUCUACAGUUAUUUAAGAGUUUUUGCUUUACAAUCGAGGUACUGCUAUCAACAGGACAUUCUCUAAGGACACUUCCGGCUCUGUAUAAUAUUCAAGACUAGCAGUGUAGCCCAUAUUGCUCAAGUAAUCUAGACGUCCGUGAUCUAUGAGCAGUUUGCAAAGACGUCCUAAAUUUUCUCUCUCCUCAACAGUCAAAGCCAGCCUGGAAAACAGAAAAAAAAGACAGGACUUUUGUACAGUCAUAUGUGCAUAUUGUUUUUUUUCUUUAAUAAAUAAAUGGUAAUAAUCACACAUACCCUUGUACUCC